ACAUCGUAGUGCAUACACGACACUAUAGCACAUCUAUCAAUAAAGGGAGACGAACACUCGAGAAGAGAAGCAAAGUAGUAGUUAAAUUGAAUUGAAAAAGUUGAAACUAAACUGAAUAUUUUGAGACAGAAAUAGUAUAGAAUAUCAAGUAGUAAGUUCUCAACACUUUAACUCGUGUGAGUGUCACGAGAGUAGCAAAGAAAAAGAGAAAGGUGAGUCACAGGAUUCACAAUGGAGAGUGGUUCAGUUAAGAGAAAAAGUGGUGGUGGUGGUGGAAACGCAGUAGAGGUUCUAGAUGGUUCUAAUAUUAUGGAGUUAGUUGGAAACAAAGAUGUUUUUAGUAACUUUGUGAACCAUAAGUUUCAAGAGUUGGAUAGAGAUAAAGAUGGUAAACUCUCUCUGACUGAACUUCAACCUGCUGUUUCUGAUAUUGGUUCUGCUCUUGGUUUACCUGCUAAAGGCACUAAUCCUGAUUCUGAUCACAUCUAUUCUGAGGUAUUGAAUGAAUUCACACAUGGAAAGCAAGAAAAAGUGAGCAAGACUGAGUUCAAAGAGGUUCUCUCAGACAUUCUGUUGGGCAUGGCUGCUGGACUCAAACGUGAUCCAAUUGUGAUACUUCGCAUUGAUGGCGAAGAUCUUCUCGAGUUUCUUAAUGGUCCAAGUUAUGAACCAGAGAUAGUUUCCAUAUUCUCUCAAAUUGAAUCACCUCAAAAAUCUCUUCAUGAUCUUAUAAUUCAAGCUCUCAGCAAACUCAAUGUUGAUCAAGGGAUUCCUCCUACUUCUGAUUCUUGGGUUAUUAGCAACAUUGUGGAACCGGCACUGCUUUCUGAACAUGGGCAUGAUUUAGAUAAACCUGUUUCUCAAGAGAUAUUUUUGGAGGAAUUUAAGAAAGUAGCAUUGAGCGUGGCGAAUCGCCUUAAGGAGCAACCUGUUAUAGUUGCUCAUAGUGAAAGCACCUUUGAUGGAAAUGGUGUUAAAAGACUAUUAUCCAACAAGUUUGAAUUAGACAAGAUUUUGAACUCAGCUAUAGAGACUUUGCCUAAAGAUAAAAAUGGAAAAAUUUCGAAGGAUUACCUACGCGUGGCGCUGGACACGGUGGCUCCAUCUGCUGCUUUACCUCCAUUUGGUGCAAUUGAAGAGAUGGAUAAGGUAAUUGGUGAAGUGUUCAAGUUGGUGAGUGCAGAUGAUGCAAAGUUGGUGAAAGAAGAAGAAUUCAAGAAAAUAUUAACUGAAAUAUUGGGGAGUAUCAUGUUGCAGUUGGAAGGAAAUCCUAUAGCAGUUGCUUCAAAUUCUGUAGUGCAUGAGCCUCUAGGCUCCUCUUCUACACUUCUGCAGCCAACCCCUGCUGAAACAGCAUAAUUCAUCAUAGCUGUGUAGAUCUAAGUAUGUAUGUAUGUAUGUAUGUAUAUGAUGAUGGAUAAAAUUAAGAACCAGUAACUAUAAUAAAAUAUUUAUUUGUGUAAAUUAUGUAUUAGUACUAGUAUAAUUUGUCUUUUUUGAGCAGUCAAAUUUGGAAGCUUUGAGGCUAGGGGAGAGACUCAGUUGCCCAAGUUUGGCAAGUUACUUUAUUUAAUUAUAUAAUGGUUACUUUAUCAAACCAUUGUUAAUAGAUUAA